AAAUCACAACUCUUGAGUGAUUAUCGAAAUUCGGAAGUGUGAACACGUCGAUCGAUUGCGUCCGCAACCAAUCGGGUAUUAACUUCUUUUUUGGGAAACGGAACAUUUUGUGUGCCUUCCACCCAAUCCUAUUUUCUCUUAUUGUAAGGAGAAAAAAGUAGUAAAUUAAGCUGAAAUUGACCCUUACGGAUAAUCAACUCAAGCAAACUUAUUUUAUAGAGAAAAUUUUGGAGAAUUAGUAAAAGAUGACUGAGGCAGAAUACGAUAAGGAACAGCUGCGAAUUAUGCGCAACGCUUUCAAGGCGUUCGAUCAUGAUGAGCGAGGCUAUAUUGAGUACAGCGAUGUGCAAACCAUACUGGAGAUACUCGGGCAAAAGUUGGAUGACAAAGCGAUCAAAGCGCUAAUCAAGGAGGUCGAUAAAGCGAAUUCUGGAAAGUUAGAUUUUACACAGUUCUGCAAAUUGGCCUCGCGCUUUGUUGAGGUCGAGGAUGAUGCACCCGCAUUGGUUAGCGAAUUGAAGGAAGCGUUCCGCGUCUACGAUAAAGAGGGUAAAGGUUAUCUGACGGUACAAGUACUUCGUGACAUUCUACGUGAAUUGGAUGAUAAAUUGUCGGCCAGCGACUUGGACAUGAUCAUCGAGGAAAUUGAUGCGGACGGAUCAGGAACUGUUGAUUUCGAUGAGUUCAUGCAAGUGAUGACAGGUUAAGCUACGAGUCUAGUUAAUGAAGUACAAAACGUCGUGUCACCGUUGUGUUGCAGCAAUGAAGGAAAUUUUCGUAUUCUUAUUAAUUUAUCACUAA